AUGUAUUCGCAGCAGUUCGGCACAAUUGUUCAACCUCAAACAUAUGAAAGGUCCUUUUCACCUUUACUCUUAGAGACUCAAGAAGAAGCAGAAGGUUGGAAAGUAUCCACCCUUUCGCAUCAUGCAACCAAUCAACAAGAUGGCUAUGAAAGAAAAUUGAUCCAAAUGCCGUCGAUGAAUGGCAGUGAUUGCUCGCCCACCAAGAACAGAAAGCCACUGCCACAAGUGCCGACAUUGUAUACCACUCACGAUGAUGCCUAUUACCAGCUUAACCCACCAGUAUAUCACCCGCACUGGCAACAUGACCACAACAACCACUAUGCUGAAGUGCCGUGCACUCCAAUGUCAGCAGUGAGCCUUGGUCUCAAUGUCAUGUACCACCCUCCUUACCAUCAACAACCCUACAUAGAAGCCAGUCAUCUAACCUAUUCAGCUCCAUCACCUUCAUUUCUCGAUGAGCCAGAAGAGCUACCAAGCGUAAACAGCUCGCCAAUAGCUGUGGAAGCACAGCUGCAGCAACAUCCGCCCAAGAUGGAAGAAAAUAAAAACGUACGACAGAUUACAGUGAAAUCCAUCAACGAUGACUAUCGCGUGUGGAUCACAGUGGAGCCGAAAGAAACAGGCGAAUCCAUUGCAGAAAAGAUCCAUGUCAUUGCCACGUUUCGCACCAGGAAAAUCACAUCUAUCACUACGGCGUCGGGACGACAGGUUCCGUUGAACAAGACGCCUGUCUUCAAGAACUGGGAGGACAUGGAUGAUUUUGAGCACGGAGAGACAUGGACAGUGACAUGGGGACCAUUGAAGAAAUCAUUCAUGGAUAAGGUGUUUUCAAAGUUUAUAGAAACAUAG